UCACUGACACUACACCUAUUAGGUCCUCACCCUGCGACACGCCUCUCUCUCUCUCUCGUAUCUUCCGUUCGCAACGAUUUCGCUCUUCCUCAGUCUCAUCACCGCGCCAACAUAAAUUGAAAUAUCAUGAAGCGGUUCCCCUUCGCGUCAGCCUGUUUACCAAGAGAUGGAUUCGAUAGAAAAGAGAAGGAGGCGGCUCAAAAUAGAAAACCGCAGAAAUAGAAUAGAUAGAGGAUGGACUCGCCCCCCGUUCAUCUCAACAACGCGCCACCGCCUCCGCCUCAAGCCACCUCUCCUUGCCGCGUCAGGCUCAUGGUCAGCUACGGUGGUCGAAUCCAGCCCCGUCGCUACGACAACAGUAGGCUUUCUUACGUCGGCGGAGAAACCAAGAUCCUCUCCCUUGACCGCUCCGCCCGCUUCCCUGCCCUUCUCUCCAAACUUGCCUCCAUCACCGCCUUCGUGAGCCCACUCUGCCUGAAGUACCAGCUCCCCGGUGAGGAUCUCGACGCCCUCGUCUCCGUCACCGACGACGACGACCUCGACCACUUGAUGGCCGAGUACGACCUCCUCCAUCGCACCUCCUCCACCAAGCCCUCGCCCCGUCUCCGCCUCUUUCUCUUCCCCGUCGGUCCCCCUCCCCCGCGCCCCUCGGCGGCCCUCCUCGACGCCGCCCGCUCGGAACGUCAGUGGUUCCUCGAUGCCCUCAACGCCGUGCCAGCCCCACCCUCCCCGCCGCCUGCGCCGCCCACCACGCUGGAUGCCUCGCAGAGCCCCGACUUCCUUUUCGGCCUCGACUAUGACUACCUCACUACCGCAGUGGGUAAGGUCACCGCAGAUCCUCAGUCCCUGUCGUCGGUGCUGGAGAAUCUUCCCCUCGAGGCGCCAACGAAGCCCGAUCUGGUCAAGGAUGAGAGCGGAAAACCAAUCGCGGGAGGUGCUGAUUCGGUCGCCGCUUCUCCCGCCGUGGUAUCUACGGGGGAGAUCCAGCGACAGAGUCCGGAUCUUGAUAAGCCAAAGAUGGCCGAUAAUCCUCCGCCGGUGGUCCCGUGCAACAGCAGCGAGGAGAACCUACCUAGGGUAAGAGCACCGGAGGUCAUCGCUGCGCCGCCACCCUCGACGGCAGUGUACUGGCAGGAGCAGCGCGGAGGUGCAUCGGUCGGAAGGUACGCCUUGUCGGCUCCCGUCGGCGAUCAGACCGUGUACCUAAUUCAGGCGUCACCGGCCGGCUACCCAGCGAUCUACACUGCAGCGCCAAGAGUGGUGCCGGCGAAGGCCUUCUGCGAGGCUGCGGCUCCCGGUCUGGUAUCGACGAAGCUGGUGGGAGGCUGUGGCAAGCUGAUGACCCGGCUGGAGGCAUACGCAGCAGCAACAGCGGGGCAGGUGGCGUACGAUAGAACGGAGCGGGUGGUUUACGACCCGAGCGUCGCACCGACGUAUCAGACGGUCACGAGCCCUCGAUCCCGCCGAUGCGGCCGUUAGAGCUACGAAGGCGUCAGAGAUAUCUCGAUCGACUCCGGAGAAAAAACAAAUAAACAUAGGUCUCUAUUCCUCUUCUUUGUUCUGUUCAUUCCUUUCUCUUCUUUUCCCCUUCUUUUUUUCUUUCUUAUCUGUAUAUUUGUUUUUCGAGAAAAUGUUAUUGCUGGUGAGUUGGUUUUUUUUUUUUUUUUUUUUUUUUGGGACCCCUCUGGGCUUUAGAACGUAUGUAAAUAUGGAGAUUUUUAGUAGUCAGUAGGUAGAUGAGUAAGUGUGUGAGUGAGACUUUGGGAUAUUUCUGUGUCGGGUGCCGGCGUGAGUGCUUUUAAGGCUCACGAUAAUGAUAUUUGGAUAUUUACUUGUGGAAGUGUAGUGCAAGAAUUGUACGGUCGGUAUUCGGUUUCAUAUCAUGGCCAGCAUAUUCUGUUCCCCAACCUUUUCCUCACCUUCGCAUCGAAGAAACCGUCCCUGCCAAGUCCUUUUCUACGUGUCCAUUUGGUCUGGAGUCCAAAUGUAACGGUAGAAAGAAAAGAGGACCAAAGUAGGAACGGACGAUGGAUGAACAUGAAUGAGAGGAGACCAUGUAACCUCGACAAACUUGAAUGAGUUCCUACACGCGGCUACUCAAGCUCAGGUUCGAACGGCGCACUCUAACCGCCACCGACCCCAUCUCUCUCCGGGCGUACGCCGGCCUUCGUUCAACGGCCCCGCGACGCGGCAUCCGAAUCCCUCUCGUUGGCCCCUUUGCCCUUUCCUCCGCCGCCCGCGCUGCUGCCUCCGCCGACGACCACCACUUCGUCGGCGGCCUCCACGUCGUCGCCGUUGUCUGUGGUCUCUACGUCCACGUCGUCGUCGCCGCGGCCAACCUCGACUCCUGCGCCAAAUGCGGCGACGUGCAUUCGUCCCGUAGGAUGUUCGACGCAAUGCCUCACAGAAACAUUGUCUCUUGGAAUGCUAUGAUCUCCGGCUACGCGAACGCCGGGUUGGGCGUCUUGGCGCUGGAGCUGGAGCUGUUUCGACUUAUGAGAUGCUCCGAAUUCCAGUUGGGCGCUGAUUGAGUACACAGUGGCGAGCGGCCUGACCGCAUGCUGGGGGAUUAGUGAUAUGUGGACUGGUGCUCAGAUUCAUGGCUAUGCUGCGAGGGCAGGAUUCGAGACAGACCAAGCGGUGGUGAGUGCCUUGGCGAACAUGUUCUUUAGGUGUGGGGACGUUGAGAGCGCGCAGAGAGCUAUGGAGGGGAGAGAAAAUUCUUGCUUGAGUUCUGAACUCAUGAUGAUUAAAGGUUAUGUUGCCAAUGGCAGGUAUUCUGAUGCUCCUGAGUUGGUUGUUCGGUGUGCCUUGGAGAUCUUGUGGAUAUGAUUGCUAUGGACAGCAGUGUCCUGGUUUCCAUUUUAACUGUGUCUGCUCAUCUCGGGUUGCACAGAGUUGGGAAGCAGGUCCAUGGUCAUAUCGUUGCACUGGGCACCGGUGAGUAUGGCUCUUUAUGUACCGGUGAUAAUGCUGUUCUUUGGAGCUGUCAUGGAAGCUCGGUCUGUGCUUGACGGUUUUACGUGAAAGGCAUGUUGCUUGCUGUAACUCGAUGAUCAUUGGGUACAUUUGUAAUGGACUAGAAGAAGUUCGUUGGUUCUUCGAUGGCAUGACCGACUAUGUCCAGCAAGAAUUGCCGCAAGAGGGGUUGAGUUUGCUGGCUAGUUUGUACCGUGAAGAUGGAUUGGUUCAGCGUUUUUCACUGGCAAGCAGAUCCAUGCUCAAGCUCUGAGGACAGGAAUUCAAGAUGGUCACAAUUCUGUAGUCAUAGAAACAACUCUCGUUGACAUGUAUGCCAAGUCAGGUUUUCGGAGAGGCGUGGAGGAAGCAAGGUGUUGAUGGGGAGCCUGGACCGAGCCAAAUCCAAGUUGCAGCUGGUACUUUGGAUGUAGACGAUGAUGCGAUUCUAUGUAUGUGCUUUAUAUCAUAAAACUUUAAACCAAGGUAAAUUUUUGCCACUUAACUGAAAGAUAUCUAUGUACUGAAUGGUGAAGAACUCUAUGUUGAAGGUUUGAGGUCAUUGGUAUUUUAUCUGAGUUGCUGUGGGUUAAACACCAAUGAGGUGCUGUGUCCAAGCAAUUACACCGGAUGCCGAUAUUGUGAGAUUGUGGUCUGUCAUUUCACUCGUUGUUGGUCAUCAUAUUACCUUCUGUGCCUACAUAGAUGUGAAUUUGAUGGUACAUUUUCUUAUGUUGGUCGUGCGUAUCCAUUACAAGAGAUCUCAGUUGCUUGAGUGCAGUUUAUGUUACCAGACUCUGAUUCAGUUGUAUGAUUCUGGUUUCUUCCUAUACUGCUUUAAGUUCUACAAAGAGUUGAGCCUGCCUAGAGAGUUGACCACCGUUCUACCUCGCUAAAGGAAGCAGAAAGCCCAAAGGUUAAUAGUCCAAUCUUGGAUGGCUUUCUCGUGUUAUGAUGACUUUUCUAAAUAAGAAAAAGAGGUAUUUAUCACUUUAGUAUUUUUUUAUAAUAGGUCAACGUUGAUAUAUUGUUUUUCUUUUGGCUUUCCGUGAGAGUAUACCUUUUGUUUUAG